UAAUUACCCUUCCAUACAGAAUUUGUUUUUGUUGAUCCCAAUUUUAAGGUCCACCAAACUUUUAGCAGGGAAGAUGGGAGAUAAUUUCAAAUUUUCUAUCCUCUGCUGAUUAUUAAAGGAUUCUGGAAGAGAAGAAUAAUGUCUUGCAGUUUUCUUUCCUCCCUGCAUUUCUCUGUACCAGUUUCUUGUGCAGAUAACAAAGCAAGUUUAGUUGGCCCACCUGUAAAGAGGAAAACCAGUUCUAUUGGCUAUCGUAAGGUUGCUGAAGCUUUGAUUAUAACUUCAUCUAAGCAUAAAUCUGUGAAGAAAACAAGAAGAGAGGAGCAGAAACCAAAAACUUUGCAUCUAAGAAUAAGCAAUACCACUGUAAGUGAAAAGGAGAAUGGAGUGAAUUUCCUUCAAAAUUCAGCAAACUCAGAUCCCAACCACAAGCUUGGGACGGUUAUUGAGAAUGGAGAAUCAUCUGCAGAGGUUAUAUCCAAGGAUAGUUCUCUACACACCCCUGGAAGAGAUGCUGUUCUUAAAGCUUGUACAAUCACUUCUGGAAUCUUUGCUGUUACUGGUUUAACUAUUCGACAGGUGUCUCACGUUAUUUCUGAAGGAGGAUUGUCUUUUCCUGAUUGUACAAGGACAAUGCCAUAUGAUAUUGAAUGGUCUCAAGCUGAGACAAUUGUGGCUUUAGUUGUGUUGAUCUCUGCAUGUCGGCAAGUGCUCCUGAAGUUCUGGCCUGAAUUUGCAGAUUCUAGCAAAGCAGCAAAUAGACAGGUGCUUGGGUCCUUGGACAUAUGGGAUUAUGCUGUUGUGUCAUUCUUGCCUGGCAUUGGUGAGGAACUGCUUUUUCGUGGGGCGUUGCUUCCUAUCAUUGGGAUUGACUGGAAGGGUGUGACGGUAGUGGGAUUAACUUUUGGAGCCUUGCAUUUAGGAGGGGGCAGGAAAUCUGCUUUUGCAUUGUGGGCUUCCUUUGUUGGGAUUGUAUAUGGCUUUGCAGCAGUUUCUUCCUCAAGUCUCAUUGUACCAAUAGCUGCUCACUCCCUAAACAAUCUUAUUGGAGGUUUGUUAUGGAGAUACUUUGAUCUCAAAGAAAAUGGAAAUAGUGUUGACAGUUAGGCUCUAAAUCAAACUGAGAACAUGUGGAAAAAUUUCAAUUGGCAUGUUUUAAUGACUGAAGUAUGACUUCCCAGUUCACUCAACUACAUUUAGAAGGUAUUUCACAAACUGAUCGUUAAGAUAAUAUGGUAUAUGAUCCAUCCACGUGAGAAGCACCAAGAAGCCAAAAUUUAGUCAUUAUUUUAUUACAGGUAAAUUUAUGAUUAGAAAAUUACUUAGCUAGUAGGAGUUUUGUAGCUCUAGAUGAAUUCUCAAAGUUUAUUUUGUUUACACUUUUCAAUUUGAAGCAAUAUCUUAAUUAGAAAAAUAACUUUAAUUGUGGAA